AUCUAAAGCGGUUUCAGAUAUUUGCUUCGCGUCGUUCUCUCUCUCUCUCUCUCUCUCGCAUAUAUUGGUGCGCAGAUCGUUGAGGGAUUAGGGUUUUGAGUGCUGGGAGUAGGAGUUCAUGGACAUGGAGAGUCAAGAUGAUCAUCAUCAUAAGGAGGAUGGGACUGGAGAGGUUGUCAGGUGGGAGAGGUUGAGGGUUCUGCUCGUUGAACCUGAUGAUUCCACUCGACAAAUUAUCGCCGCGCUUCUCAGAAAAUGCAGCUACAGAGUUGUAGCAGUCGCUGAUGGAUUAAAGGCAUGGGAGACAUUAAAGGGGAGACCUCAUAACAUCGAUCUCAUAUUAACUGAAGUGGAGUCGCCAUCAAUAUCUGGAUUUGCACUUCUUACCUUAGUCAUGGGGCAUGACAGUUGCAAGAAUAUUCCAGUUAUAAUGAUGUCUUCAAACGAUUCAAUCAGCAUGGUAUUGAAAUGCAUGUUAAAAGGUGCAGCUGAUUUUCUAAUAAAGCCUGUUAGGAAGAAUGAGCUAAGAAACCUUUGGCAGCAUGUAUGGAGAAGGCAUACUUUGACUGGUGGGCAUUUUCCUCAAAACUUGACUGUUCGACUGCAAAAAGAUGAAGCCAGUUCUGAAAAUAAUGCAGGAAGCAACAAUAAUUCAAGCGAUUGCGUUGCUUCUACACACAGAAAUAUUGAAUACAGUGAGAAAGGGAGCGACUCCCAAGGUCCUUCAGAGAACAACUGUGGUGGUGCUUCAAAUUUGAGAAAUAUAAUUAUGGAGAAGCAGGGAGGGUAUGCUAAGUUGGAUAAGGAAUCAGUUAUGCAAGGAAAAUCUAACAUUCUAGUCACUGCAGAAAAAUCAAAUGGACUGGCAUCAGAGGUUGCACUGUACAGAGCAGCUUCAAACUCAACUGCUCUGAGAUUGGAAGAAGACACUGCUUGUGCUGAAUCUAUUACUCAAAAUGAUUGUGUGCGAGUGGAAAGUAGAGGCAAUGCUAAUAUUGCUAGUAAGACUGACAGCUGUAACAAUGAACUGGUUGAACCUUCUAGUGGAGCCAUUGACUUGAUUGGCACAUUUGAUAAUCAUCCCAAGUGCACUUAUGAGAAUACAAAUUAUAUUGAUGCUGGCACAAAGAAGUUUGAACUUGUUCCAAAUUUACAACUUUCUCUGAGAAGAACUUGCUCGAGUAGCUCAAAUAACCACUGGACUGAGGAAAGGCCUCUACUGAACCAUUCUAAUGCAUCUCCGUUUUCAUGGUAUAAUAGUAGCACGACACUGCAUAGGAAUUGCACCAAUUUGGAGGAGGGUGGAAGUAUGUCCCAUGAACUUUCAUCUUAUCAACUCUCUGGAAGUAUCAAUGGUACUUUCUUUCAGCAAGGUCACGAAAAUUCAAUUACUUCUGUCAUUGAUGAGUCCAGAGAAGGUGAACCAAAGUUUUCUAGUCAUCAAGUUGGGAUUAUGCCUGUCUCAGGGGUAACAGAUGCUAAUAGUGGAUACAGUCAUGUUUUCCCACCCAUGGUUUAUAUUCGAUCUGAUCUACCCUCUGUUCCCAAACUGGCCUGCCAGCGAGAUCAGUCCCCCUUUCCUUCAAGUACCUCAGUUCAAUCCAAUCCUGAAACUCAUAACUCAGAACAAGGUUAUCAUUUCUCUGAUGAGAUUAGCGAAAGUCCCAUUCACCAGGAUAUGCAGGAGGAUAAAAAUAUGGAGCAGAUGGAGGAACUUGGACAUGGUUCUGCUGCUGCUGCUGCUGCUGCUGCUGAUCAGACUACUACUAGUAGUUUAUGCAAUGGAGCUGUUGACAGUAGUAAAAGGGUUGCAUAUGGGAGCAGCUUCAGUAGGAGAGAUGAGAUUGCCACCGUCUCUGAGAGUUGGAAUGAAAGUAGUCUCUCUAUUCAUGAUGGAUCAAGAGGAAUGGAUGCUCUUCGUUCUAGCCAAAGGGAAGCAGCUCUCACAAAAUUUCGAUUGAAGCGGAAAGAUCGAUGCUAUGAGAAAAAGGUUCGCUAUCAGAGCCGCAAAAGACUGGCAGAGCAACGUCCUCGAGUGAAAGGUCAGUUUGUACGCAAGGUGCAAACCGACCCUCAAAUAGGUGAUACCGAUGUUUGUAUAUGAAAUUCAUCAACGAUGUACAUUUUAUGGUACUUGUCAAUCUUGAGUUCCCAAACUUUCCAUGGAUGUCGAUUACUUGCUGCGCAGCAGAGUUGAUUGUCGCACGUGGGAUCUCUUGUACUGCAGAAGCUAAUGCGACUGACGAUAACAAGAGACGUGAAUGGUUGGCAUGUCUCUCUUAGUGUUCAGAGUUCUGACUACAACUUUUGUAUUAACAAAAAGAUGUUCCUCGUAAUUAUGUAGUGCGGUUUCUCAGGUUUUUGAUGUCACCUUAUGUAACAUAUGCGUCACGUUUUUGUUUUAUGGAUGUAGUUAUGUGCUUUCAUGCCUACCAGAUAGUGGAGUUUAGGGAAGACAACCUUAAUUUGUACCAUAGUUUGCUUUGACGGGUUGGAAUUACUAGUUAAUACUUUGAGAGGCAUUUUCAUGUUUGCAA